AUGAACUUGCUGCUGCAGCAACAACGACAAGGGGCGCAAGAGGACUUCCAGACCGCUGCUGUGUGUUGCGUCAUUGGCGGCGGCUACGCGUGGCGCAUUGAGGACGCCAUCCGCAGACACAAAAUCAUGUUCGAGGUGGCGCGGGAAUUCUGGCACCGGCGAGGACUGCGCGAAGCGUAUAGACACCCUACUAGUGCAGCGCCCUUCUGCUCGCUUAGCGUUCUCCCCUUAGACCCCAAAAAGUACCCUGCAAGAACUGGCACCAGCGCUACCACAAGAAGCGAACGCAACACCAACAGCAGCAGGAGCCCCCAAUGUGCCUCCCCAAGGCUGCACGCCAACCCCUUGCUUGUGGCAGCAGCGGCACCGGUCUCUUCUGCAUCAGCAGCAUCAGGGCAUGAGGCCUUGCCUUCCCACUUGCGGGAGUAUUACCAGCGAAACCUGCACCUCAAGGAGGAGUCGCACCCCGUCGCCAUCGCGCACAGACGGGUCCUUGAGUACCUCGUCGGGGGCCCCCUGAAGGGGCCCUUCAGAAGCCACAGGGGCUCUGAGGGGGGGGCGAGUGGCAAGGAAGAGUUUGGCUCGAAAAAUCUCGAGGGAUAUAGCCAGGAGGUGCACACCGAUACGGCGCUCAAGCAGCAACACCAAACAGAGCUGAAUGACGACCCCUGCUGCGUGAGACCUGACGCAGUCUACACAGACCUAAGGGGGUCGCCUGUAGCACUUUGGCAUUCACUGUCUCCCCUGCUCUCGCCAGCCGUCAACUUUGGCCUUUUGAAUAUCCCAGAAGACCAUCCCGCCCGUUCCUCAAAGCAAACAUUCUACACGACAGGGGUCAGUAGUACAGGGGGCCCCAACGAAGGCCGCCGCCUAUGUCUACGCACGCAUACCUCGGCUCACAUCCCCGCGUGCCUUCAGUGGGCCCUUCGACAAUGGGGGCCCCCCAAACGCGGCUUUCAGGGGCCCCCCGCAAAGGAGGCCCUAAGGGAAGGAGGCUUACAGGGUGUCGGAGCCCCUGGGGGCCCUUUGACGUUGGUGAUCAGCGGGGAGGUAUACAGACGCGACGCCAUUGAUUGCUGGCAUUUCCCAGUCUUUCACCAAAUGGACGUCCUCAGGGUGUUACCUCCAGGAGCAGAUGCGCUUCAAGACCUAAAACAGGUGGUUGGCGAGUUGUUGGGCUUUUUGUUGCCAGGGCGGCAGUACCGCCUCCUUAAGGACUUUUUCCCCUUUACGGAUCCUUCCAUAGAGGCCGAAGUUUUGGGGGAUGACAGUCGCUAUCUCGAGAUUCUUGGAGGCGGCAUCUUGCUCCCUUCAAUCGUCUCCGCAGCGAUGCCGUUGCCCUUCCGAUACAAAUCAGUUUCUGCAGCACAGCAAGUUUCUCAGCUGCCAGUGGUAUGGGCGUUGGGUCUUGGCUUGGACCGCGUGUGCAUGUGUGGCUGCGCUAUUGGCGACAUUCGUCUCCUUGUCGAGAGCCACCCUCUGCUCCUACAGCAGUUUUCGGACGGGAUCCUAAAGAAAGUGCGGCCUUUUUCAAGACUUCAGCCGUCCUCAGUCUUAAGACAAGGCAGUAGAGGCAUCGGCGGCACCUUUCGCCAAGGCAGAUAG